AUGGUCGAAUGUAGGGCUAUCCGUAACUUUAUAUCCGUAAAAGAGGCUACUCAAUUGGGUUUGACAUUGUCAGGAGAAGAUAGCCACAUCAAGGAUAACAACUUAGCAACAUUUACCCUAAUUGGAGUCACGCAAGGAACCCAAUUACGACUAAGAGCAUGGGAGCGUCAAGUAGACUUUAUGAUCCUCCCUAUCGACGACUUUGAUGUCGUCUUAGAGAUAGGUUUUCUGACCAAGGCCCACGCAUGA